UUACUUGUUGAUGAAUUUUUCAUUGCGCAAAAAUUGGAAUGAUUUGGUGAAUGAAGAAAGUGCAGACCCGAGACGUAAUAGACUGAAGGUACUGCGAGGAGUCAGAGCGAUCACGAAUUGCCUCAUGAUACUGGCGCAUGUGUUCUUCAUCUAUACGACGGGUUUCAUUGACUCUCCUCAUGCUGUUGAAAAGACAUACGAGUCAUUCCAGUAUCAUCUGGUGUACAAUGGCUUGCUGAUAGUGCAGAUAUUUUUCCUAAUGUCGGCGUUCCUGCAGUCCUACUUGAUGCAUCUGCGUUCCGAAGUGUCACCCAUCCAGUGGUCCGAGUUGCCGAUGAUAAUGUUUGCGAGGUGGUGGAGACUGAGUCCGACAUAUGCCGUGCUGCUGGCGUUCUCUGGGACGUGGAUGCGGCACUUAGGGACGGGUCCGCUAUGGAAGAUGUACGUGGGCGACUCCAUGGCGGCGCAGUGCCGCCGCUUCUGGCCACAACACCUGUUCUAUAUUAACAAUUACAUCGCUGGUGAUACCGCUUGCCAAGUGCAAACCUGGCACAUAGCCGUGGACAUGCAGCUGUUCGUGUUGACUAUGUUGGUGUACAUGUGCACCAGAGGGCGAGGGCGCAGUUGGCAACUAGCACUGGGCCUACUGCUGCUGACGGGGCUGCUGGGGCCGCCGCUGCACGUGUGGCUGCAGGAUCUGCAAGCGCUGACCAUGGUCACACCGGAGUUUUUCCGUCGCCUCGCGGACACUCGUACAUUCCGCUUGCUGCACAUCCUGUGCCACAACAACCUCAUCUGCUACGUGGUCGGCCUCGCCACCGGCUCUCUCGUCUACCGUCUGCAGAAGGACAACGUGGAUUUGUCUAAAUAUAAGAGGUGGGGUAUGUUGAGCUGGUGCUUGGUGCCGGGCAUCGCGUGCCUGUUCCUGACGGGGCGUGUAUUUUUCGCGGAGGGGGCGGAGCUGCCGGGGGGCGUGUCCGGGGGCGUGGUGUGGCGCGCGCUGUACGCAGCGACGCUCCGCCUCGCCAUGGCUGCGAUCGUCUCCAUGCUCGUUGUUACCCUCACUAUGAGAUUCUGUGGUUAGUCUUCGAUAUGGUAUUGUGAUCGCUUUUAUAGUCAAACUCGCGGUAAAAUAUACUUAGAUAUAGCA